UUCUGCUAUUCUGAAAGCGAGUUCAACAUGACAUCUUUUGUAAAGAGUGAGGAGGAGCACAAAGACAGUUAUAAAAGAUGGGGCUUCGACAGACUACAACACAGUCAACUCAGGAGGAUGCAGUUUCAGAUUGAUCUCCAGUCACAGCAGCGAAAUCAUCGCCUAAGCAUGGCUGCCUGGCUGCAUGGUCGCUGGUGGGAGAUCAGUGAGCAGGAGCGUAGGGCUCAGCUCCAUAACCAAAAGCUCCUGAAGGAUUUUCAGAGAGCACAAGACACACUCGAUGACAUGGUGGCCCGCACUGAAGCCAUGAACACUAUACGGGUUGAGUAUGAAAAGUAUUUGGAAGAGAAUUUCCCACAAUGGCAACAGAAGCUCAAAAACAAGAGACUUUCAGAACAGUCCAAGCGGGUACAGCAGCAGUUAAAGGACUAUAUUCAGGAGAUGGAGGGGCCUGAACACAGGUCUGGCAUUACAGCCCACCAUUUUUCCUCCAUCUCUGCAGACCCACCUCAGCCUACAACUUCUGACACCCUGCUAAACUCUCAUCAGACAGAGAAAGACACCAAUCAACAUGCUCCAAGAUGCUACCAAAAUGACCAUCUACCUCACCUUCCACCCACUUCAUUAACCAGAUUUCCCCAUUUUAAUAUUCAAAAGCAUUGCAAAAACUUUCAGAACAUGCAAGUUUUGAAUCAUGACUUGCCCCCCUACUUUUCUUUACCUUUCUAUUCACACCAUCAGUCAAACUCUCCAGUCCAGCAGAAUUUACUGUCCAUAGACCAUAUGUGGGAAAACUCAUGGGCAGGUAGUAGGCAAGUUCCUACAGCUCACUUUACUCCUGCUGGUGCUUCCUUGCCACAACGUCCUGUGGUGAACCCUAUGGCAUGGGGUAUGAUGGAUAUGCCAGGCCCUUGUAAGGAAAGAAUCCAAUUUAGUGAGACAAAUGGGGAAAAGAUAACAAAAGAAAUGUUGAACCCAUCCAAGGAGAGUAGCCAGAGACUAGAGGAGAGGAUGAAGGGAAAAGAGUGUGAUCGGUCUUCUGAACUGGACUGUAAACCAGUGCGUCUAUCAAUCGAACAUGAAGACAGUAGUGAAGGCAGUGCUGUGUCUUCUGAAGUUGAAGUGAAAACCAUGGCUUCUGAGAUAAAGGACAGAAGAAAGAAAAGGAGUAAUGGGAUCCAAAUGUACUCUACUGCAAAUGGGAAGGGAUCUCAGGGAUCUUCCACCACGUCACAUGCCCCUCUGUCAACUUCAGAUUGCCAGUCUGAUACCAAGAUGAUCAAAAAACAUCAAAAAACAUCUAGAACAGCUAGCCAGAACACCAGCAAAUCAUCCAUUAUCAGAGAGAAUAAUGUUGAUGUAGUGACACAAGAUGAAGAGGAGGAUGAACAAGAAGAAAGCAGGAGCCAAGGAAUGCCUCCAAGUAGUGUCGGCUCAGAAAAGAAAGAUGGAACAGAAAGACUCAGUAAUAGUACAGAGAAAGAACAUACUGAUGGAGAUGACAACAGUCCUGACCUCAUUGUUGGAGAAGAAGAAAAAAGUGACAGAGAAGGUGGAGAUAAAGGAGAGGAUAAGCAAAGAACAGGUGAAAAGGAGGAAGCAGGACUGGAUGAUGAAGCACAGGUCGAUAAUAAAGAAUAUCCCAGUGAUGGAGAAGAUACAGAGGGGGAACAAUGUAAAAGGCAACAGACGUUUUCUAAAAAGGCUGAGUCAAAUUCACAGGACAUUCCAAAGUUAGAUACAGAAGUGGAAGAAGGAGAGGAAACCAAAGGAGAAGAGGAGAUGGAGAACCUCUCACAAGAUGAAGAGGAGGCUAGAAAACCCCAAGAAAUAGCCUUCAAAAGUGUGAGAAAAGAUGAGAAUGAAAGAGAAGAAGAGGAGAGUGACAGAAAACUGGUGAAGCUGGUUGAGCAGUAUGGUGUUUCUGAUGAAGCUGGUUGA